GGCCCUUCAUCAGACUCUAAUCUUAAGGGAACUGCUCAUGUCACUCACGACUUGGUGACCAAUCAGGGCCUACAGUCUCCGCCAGUCAGAAGUGGAGGAGGGUGCUUCCGGGCUCCAUGUUGCUGUCUCAUUGCUGUAACUGAGGAGGCUUGAGUGGCUGGUGUGUCGUGCUCUGUGUGCUACUGUUGGGUGCUGUUGGGGGUGUUCAGGCGAGCUCUGAACUCGCGACAUGGAUGCACUGACCUAUGAUGAUGUAUACAUAAACUUCAGUCGGGAAGAGUGGUCCUUGCUGGAUUCAUCUCAGAAGAGACUUUACAAAGAUGUGAUGCUGGAGACCUACAGGAACCUCACUGCUAUAGGAUACAGUUGGGAAGACCAUAAAAUUGAAGAACGUUGUCAAAGUGAUAAAACAUAUGGAAGGCGUGAAAAAAGCCAUGCCUCAGAGAAACCAUAUGAACAUACUCAGUGUGAUAAAGCCUUCCGUUACCACAGUCAUCAUCAAAAGCAUAAAAGAACUCAUACUGGAGAGAAACCCUCUGAAGGCUUUCAACAUAGUGAAGCCCUUGCAAGUCUCCAAAUACAUAAAAUAACAUUUUCUAGAGAGAAACCCUACAAAUGUAAUCAGUGUGAUAAAACCUUUGCACAACACUGUUAUCUUCGAAUACAUGAAAAAACACAUACUGGAGAGAAACGUUAUAAGUGCGAUCAAUGUGGUAAAGCCUUUGCAUAUCAUUGUACUUUGCGUUUGCAUAAAAGAACACAUACUGGAGAGAAACCUUAUGAAUGUGAUCAAUGUGGUAAAGCCUUCGCCCAUAACAGUUAUCUUCAAAUACAUAAGGUAACACAUACUGGAGAGAAGCCCUACAAGUGUAAUCAAUGUGAUAAAGCCUAUUCACAACAGAGUCAUCUCGUACUACAUAAAAGAACACAUACUGGAGAGAAACCUUAUAAAUGUAAUCAGUGCAGUAAGUCAUUUGUAUCUCUCAAUCAUCUUCAAACUCAUGAAAGAAUUCAUACUGGAGAGAAACCUUACAAGUGUAAUCAAUGCGGUAAAGCCUUUUCACAACACCCUAGUCUCCAAACGCAUAUAAGAACACAUACUGGAGAGAAACCCUACAAAUGUGAUCAAUGUGAUAAAGCCUUUACACAAAGCAGUAGUCUCCUGAUGCAUAGAAGAAUACAUACGGGAGAGAAGCCUUAUGAAUGUCGUCAAUGUGGUAAAGCCUUUACACGGAACAGUACUCUCCAAAACCAUAAAAGGCAUCAUACUGGAGAGAAGCCCUAUGAAUGUGAUCAUUGUGGUGGAGUCUUUGCAUAUAACAGUGGUCUCCAAAAACAUAAAAAGAGUCAUCUGGGAGUGAAACCCUGACAAGGUAUUUAACAUGAUAAAGCCUCUUCACAUUUCUGUAGUCUUCAUCAUCACGAAAGGAUUUAUACUGCCGAGAAACCAUAUGAAUGGAAGAAAUGUGAUAAAGCCUUUGCAUAUCACAGUUAUCUCUUAAUGUAGAAAAAACCAGAGAUUAGAAAUUGUUAUUAGAAGUGUUACCAAAGUGGUGAGGGGACUCAAUUAGCCAGAGCCAGGCUGAUUCCAUGACAGGAUGCAAUCUGGCAGUUUGGCAGAGUGAGCUAAGUUUUUGUUUGCCAGAACUGGCAAAGUGCAAAACAAGUCAAUUUCAGGAAAAACCAACCCUUAAGGGCAGCCAAUCAUGAACUGUGGAAGCUGCUUACCACUUAACUUGAGCCAAGUAUAAUUAAUUAGCAAAAGUCUCCCAAAUCCCCUUAGCUAAUCAAAAGGCACCAUAGAGCCUCAAAAUAGAGCCAACCAAUCAAGGGAAAGAAAAGUAAAAGUCACCCACUCCUACCCUAACAGUUUUUAAAUUGACCCUGAAAAGUCUACACGUCUGUCUUCUAUCCUGGUAUAUUUCAGACCCCUGCCUGCAUGUUCUCUGCAUAAUAAAUGCUUUUGCCAUCGAAUACUUUUUGAGUCUGAGGAGUCACUCUUCAUGAAUCAUGGAAUCUUACGGUGAUAAAGCCUUUUCACAGUACAGUUAUGUCUGAAUACAUCAAAUAAACAGACUGGAGAGAAACCCUAUGAAUGUAAUCAGUGUGGUGAAGCCUUUGCACAAGACGAUCAUCUUUGAAUACAUUAAAAAAAACAUACCAUAAUGAAAUUCUAUGAACAUAGUCAAUGUGGUAAAGCUUUUGCAUAUCACAGUCAACUUCAAAGCCAUGAAAGAAUUCAUACUGGAGAGAAAUGCAAUGAACAUAUUAAAUAUGGUAAAGUAUUUGCACAUCCCAGUUAUGACUGAAUACGGAAAACACAUCCUGGAGAGUAAACUUAGGAAUGUAUCCAGCAUGGCAAAGCCUUUGCAUAUCACAGUCAUCUUCAAAUAUAUAAAAGAACACAUACUGGAGAGAAACCCUACAAAUAUAACCAAUGUGAGAAAGCCUUUAAACAUCACAGUCAUCUUCAAAGGCAUGAAAAAAAUUAUGCUGGAGAUAAACCCUGUAAAUGUCUCUAAUGUGUUGAACCCUUUGCCCAUUUUUGUAAUCAGCAUGACAUUAUUCUUUGGAGAGAAAUCCUAUGAAUGCAAGCAAUGUGGUGUUACUACACAUAAUAGUUAUCAAUGAAUGCAAGACAUAUACUGUAGAGAAAUCUUAUAAAUGGACUUGCUGUGGUGAAAGCUUUGCACAUCACAGUAGUCUUCUAUUACAUAAAAGGACACAUUCUGGAGAGAAACCCUACGAAUGUAAUCAAUCUUAUAAAGCCUUUGCAUGUAGCAGCAGCUUUUCAUGAGAAAAAAAUUCAUACUGCAGAGAAUUCCUAUAAAUGUACUAAAUUCUACAUUUCAGUGUAGUCUUUAUACAAGAGUUAGGGAUGUUAGUCCUUGAAUCUUUUUGGAGCUGGAAUUAUGGCCUUCAUCAAAAAUCUGAUCCUUGGUCCUGGAAUGAACUUGUCUUAAAUGUUUGGCCAUGGCUCCAGCCCUGUAAAUAUUGAAGCCUUUAUCAAUCAUCUUGACAUCAGGUAAUAAAAAAAAAUAACUCAUACAAGAGAAAAAUGCUAUUCCUACAAACAAUUUGGUAAAGAUUUUGACAUCACAUUCAAUCACCAGAAAAUUUAUUGCUGUACAUCUUUUUCUUAGCCUUGAAGCAAGUAAAUAAUUCACCAUGCUCACAAAAGUCUGAUGGUUCAUAGCUCUGCAUGUGGUUUAUACUUUGACACUUUUGAAGUUGUUGAAGUGUUCUGUGUGACAAAGCUUAUUUGAUGGUCCUUAUAUUGCUUCUGUGGCUAUAGGUGUCUUCUAUUGUGCUUUUACUUGGUGGCAGAUGUCUUUUGGCUUCAAUGUGUAUAAUAAAAUGUCUCUAAAUAA